AUGUUUUACCAGCCGGGGGUUACAAACCAUGGCCUUCCGCACGAUCCAUUCAAAGCAUGUGUUGUUCCCCGCCCCAUCGGAUGGAUCUCAACUCAGAGCACAAAAGGCCAGGCCAACUUAGCCCCAUACUCUCAGUUCAACAACUUGACCUUUGAUCCGCCCUAUGUCAUGUUUUCCUCCAACCAGACUGCCAGUGGUCAGCGCAAAGAUACUGUCAUCAACGCUGAAGAAACUGGCCACUUCGUCUGGAACUUGGCAAUUUGGGAUUUGCGUCAAGCCGUGAAUAUCACGGCCGAGCAAUUUCCUUAUGGAGUUGAUGAAUUUGAGCGAGCCAAAUUAACGAAAGAAAAGGCUACAUUGAUGGAUGUGCCAAUGGUGAAGGAGUCGCCUGUUAAGUUUGAGUGCGAAUAUCAUUCAACCCUUCGCCUGCCUGGAAAUCCACCCAUGGGCUCAGUGGACAUAGUGAUUGGAAAGGUAGUUGCCGUGCAUAUUGAUGACAAUGUCCUUACCGACGGAAUUCUGGAUGUUAAGAAGACCAAGCCGAUUGCUCGAUGUGGGUACUACCAGUAUGCUGUCAUCGAGGAUACGUUUGAUAUGAUCAUACCAAGCACAUCCACAUCUACAGAUGUAAAUUAUGGCUUAGUUGGUAAUGUGGAAAGCAACCGAGCUAAAAACAAGUUAAAUGGUACAAAUUAG